UCUUCACCAUUCAACAUCAACCACUCAAUUCACUACUCAGCAGCAGAGAAGCCAUGGCCAAGGACAUUGAAGCUUCAGGAUUCCAAUCCAAGGACUAUCAAGACCCACCACCAGCACCUCUAAUUGACGCCGAGGAGCUCACCCAAUGGUCAUUAUACAGAGCCGUAAUCGCCGAGUUCAUAGCCACACUCUUAUUCUUGUACAUAACUGUUUUAACAGUGAUUGGCUACAAGAGCCAAAUAGAUAACGCCGACCCGUGCGGCGGCGUUGGAAUCCUCGGCAUCGCAUGGGCGUUCGGUGGCAUGAUCUUCGUCCUUGUCUACUGCACCGCCGGAAUCUCAGGAGGCCAUAUUAACCCGGCGGUGACGUUUGGGCUUUUCUUGGCCAGGAAGGUGUCACUGAUCCGGGCAAUAUUGUACAUGGCGGCCCAGUGUUUGGGAGCCAUAUGCGGAUGUGGGCUUGUGAAGGCUUUCCAGAAGGCCUACUACACCAGAUACGGUGGUGGAGCUAACGAGCUCGCUGAUGGGUACAGCACCGGCACUGGAUUGGGUGCAGAGAUCAUUGGCACUUUUGUUCUUGUUUACACUGUCUUCUCCGCUACUGACCCCAAGAGGAACGCAAGAGACUCACAUAUUCCUGUAUUGGCACCACUUCCAAUUGGGUUUGCUGUAUUCAUGGUGCAUUUGGCCACAAUUCCCAUCACUGGCACUGGUAUUAACCCUGCAAGGAGUUUUGGAGCUGCAGUGAUAUACAACAAUGACAAAGCUUGGGAUGACCAAUGGUUGUUCUGGGUUGGACCCUUCAUUGGUGCUGCCAUUGCUGCAAUCUAUCACCAGUUCAUCUUGAGAGCUGGUGCAAUUAAGGCCCUUGGUUCCUUCAGGAGCUCCUCCAACAUGUGAAUUUGAGAAUAUGCUUCACCAGCUCUUCCAUUGACCAUUUGAAAUCAAAUAAUCAAUGGUGUUAUGGUGGAAGGACUUGAGUUGUAUUUUGUAUCAAGGCUUUGUAUAUUAAUGUUAGUGGUUGGAUGUCAAUGGUAUCACCUUUGUGUGAUAGGCACUCGUUUUAUUUGUGCCUGAUGUUGUUAUUUGCUAUGUUUGCUGCUUAGUUAAAGAUCUCAUUCCAAGUGAUAUGUGAGAGUAGAUUCAAUGUUUGGAGGUUUACUGUGGAGGAAUAAAUUUUAGAAAAAAAAAAAAUGGCUCUUGAAUGCA